AUGGAUUUUCUCAUUAAUUUCUCUGAGGCUCCUGCUCCUCCUAUGCCUCCCACUCCAAUGUCAGCAGCGGAUCGGCUCAUCGGACUGCUGCAGUUUGAACGUUCGCUGGAGAGGUAUGUGGAGGAGUUUGUUGAGUUAGCUUAUUUGACAAAUUGGUCAGACGCUCGUUUAAUCGCCCUGUUUCUGGACGGACUGGACGAGAGCACAAUCCGUUUUGAUGAACCUGAUGAUUAUGUUUCCUUAAACGAUACUAUUAAUUUAAUGUUGUUUAAUCCAGUUUGUCAAGCUCCGGCUUCCUCCACAUGCCCCUCCAGUGAAUUGUUCCCCUGUGUCCUGCUGGACCCACAUACCUCCGCUGGGUCCAGAGGGCCAAAGAAGACGAGGAGGAAAAAGAAGCCGGCCGGUCUCAAACCCGCUCCAGUCUCCACCGCCGAGCAAGCCUCUCCAAUCCCCGCUGAACCCGCUCCAGUUCCUGUGGGGGUUUUAAUAGUGUUUGAGGGGAUGGACUUGACCCCUCUUCAAGCCGACGAGUCCGCUCCAGUAGCUGCCAACGAGCCCGUAUCUCCAGUCUCCGCCGCCGAGCCAGCAGCUCCAGUCUCCGCCGCCGAGCCAGCAGCUCCAGUCUCCGCCGCCGAGCCAGCAGCUCCAGUCUCCGCCGCCGAGCCAGCAGCUCCAGUCUCCGCCGCCGAGCCAGCAGCUCCAGUCUCCGCGCCGAGCCGAGCCAGCUCCGCCGCCGAGCCAGCAGCUCCAGUCUCCGCCGCCGAGCCAGCAGCUCCAGUCUCCGCCGCCGAGCCAGCAGCUCCAGUCUCCGCCGCCGAGCCAGCAGCUCCAGUCUCCGCCGCCGAGCCAGCAGCUCCAGUCUCCGCCGCCGAGCCAGCAGCUCCAGUCUCCGCCGCCGAGCCAGCAGCUCCAGUCUCCGCCGCCGAGCCAGCAGCUCCAGUCUCCGCCGCCGAGCCAGCAGCUCCAGUCUCCGCCGCCGAGCCAGCAGCUCCAGUCUCCGCCGCCGAGCCAGCAGCUCCAGUCUCCGCCGCCGAGCCAGCAGCUCCAGUCUCCGCCGCCGAGCCAGCAGCUCCAGUCUCCGCCGCCGAGCCAGCAGCUCCAGUCUCCGCCGCCGAGCCAGCAGCUCCAGUCUCCGCCGCCGAGCCAGCAGCUCCAGUCUCCGCCGCCGAGCCAGCAGCUCCAGUCUCCGCCGCCGAGCCAGCAGCUCCAGUCUCCGCCGCCGAGCCAGCAGCUCCAGUCUCCGCCGCCGAGCCAGCAGCUCCAGUCUCCGCCGCCGAGCCAGCAGCUCCAGUCUCCGCCGCCGAGCCAGCAGCUCCAGUCUCCGCCGCCGAGCCAGCAGCUCCAGUCUCCGCCGCCGAGCCAGCAGCUCCAGUCUCCGCCGCCGAGCCAGCAGCUCCAGUCUCCGCCGCCGAGCCAGCAGCUCCAGUCUCCGCCGCCGAGCCAGCAGCUCCAGUCUCCGCCGCCGAGCCAGCAGCUCCAGUCUCCGCCGCCGAGCCAGCAGCUCCAGUCUCCGCCGCCGAGCCAGCAGCUCCAGUCUCCGCCGCCGAGCCAGCAGCUCCAGUCUCCGCCGCCGAGCCAGCAGCUCCAGUCUCCGCCGCCGAGCCAGCAGCUCCAGUCUCCGCCGCCGAGCCAGCAGCUCCAGUCUCCGCCGCCGAGCCAGCAGCUCCAGUCUCCGCCGCCGAGCCAGCAGCUCCAGUCUCCGCCGCCGAGCCAGCAGCUCCAGUCUCCGCCGCCGAGCCAGCAGCUCCAACCGCCCUCCUGCUGGCCCUGGCAUUGGUCAAGCGAAUUGGUGACCUUCAGGCUCUUUCAGUGGAUGCUUCCUGCCUCAAUUUUGGGCCCAAUGACAGCAAGGUUGUCCUUAAAUCUCUCUACUGA